CAAGCAAACAAGAUCUAAUGAACCACGCGCCAAUUAUUUAAUUACUUUUAAAAGACCGGGCAGAAGAGAGUUCGAAGAUAGCGAAAAAUGAACUUGGGGGUGGAAGCCGAGUUUCGGGAGAUUGAAGAAAAGCAGUGGAGCGUCUUUUUUCAGGAACUUGAUGUGAUAUCAAAUAAUCUGCCUUUUAAACAUGCAAAACUACCUGAAAACAAAGGGAGAAAUCGCUACAGAGAAGUCAGCCCAUUCGACCACAGUAGAGUACGUCUGCAGGCAGGCACCAAUGACUACAUCAACGCCAGCUUAGUCAUCAUAAAGGAGGCCAGAAGGAAAUACAUUCUCACACAGGGUCCCCUGCCCUCGACCUGUGGUCACUUCUGGCAGAUGGUGUGGGAGCAGAGAUCUUUUGGUGUGGUCAUGUUGAACCGCAUCAUUGAGCUGGGCUCUCAGGUGAAGUGCACUCAGUACUGGCCUCCUUCGGAAAUCAAGGAGCUGGAGUUCAGGGACACGGGGUUCAAGCUGACCCUGAUCAAAGAGGACGAGAAAGCCAACUGCAUUAUACGACACCUGGAGCUGGAGAACACAAAGACUCAGGAGGCGCGGCAUGUCAUUCACUUCCACUACACGGCCUGGCCCGACUUCGGGCCGCCCGAGAACCCCACCUCCUUUCUCAGCUUCAUCCUCUUCGUCAGGGUGUCCGGGUGUCUGUCUGAAGACAAGGGGCCCCUGGUGGUGCACUGCAGCGCGGGCAUCGGCCGUUCCGGAGUGUUCUGCCUCGUGGACACCUGCCUCCUGCUGAUGACCACCAGGAAGGACCCUUACUCGGUGUGCGUCCGCGACGUGCUGCUGGAGAUGAGGAAGUACCGAAUGGACCUGGUCCAGACCCCUCAGCAGCUCCGCUUCGCCUACGUCGCCAUCCUCGAGGGCGUCAAGCCCAUCCUGCGAAGCCUGGCCAUUCAGCAAUCCCCCGUGAUGCGCUCGCUCGAUCCGUUCGGACGGAUGGCGCCCAAGUGGGUACACGGACACCACAUCCCGUUUGAAGGCGUGUCCUCUUGGCGUUCGCAGGAGCCCAUGACUGACUCGGAUGAGGAGGACGCUCCCUUCACGUUCAGGACGUCCUCCCCUCCCCGCAGAGCCCCCAUUGGCUCUGACGAAUCAUGCUUUUUCUCAGGAACGGAGGAGGAAGACUCUAUGAUGCGUGAAGCCAGCUGCUCCGGGGGCCACAGCCCGCGCUGGAGGUCCUGUAGGGACGCACCUCCCCCCCCGCCCCUGCCCUUCCCCCGGGGCCGCUCGGCCAGCCCGCGCGUGGUUGGCUUUGGGCUCCGGACGGCGGGGGACCAGGCCGCCGCCGCCGCCGCCACGCCACCGCCGCGGAGGAGGGGGGACGGGUCCGGCGCCUCGCUGCUGGCCGGCCUGUAUCUGUGUGCCACGCUGGCCAUCGGGGCCUACAUCUGCUACAGAGCCUGCCUCCACUGACACGGCCCCGGAUUGGCUGUCCCCGCAGCUGCGUGCCUGUAAGCCCUUAUCUCAUUGGCCGGGUGGAAAGGCUUUCCUUUGAUAAGGUUAAAACAUGGUCAUCUGGGUUUAUAGAACGUAUUUUCAUAUUUAUGAUGUCAAAUCAUAUGCUCACCACCGCACACACACAUUCUGCAACCACCGUUAUGCAUUACUGAGAUGUAUCGUUAUGUUUUCGUAUCUGGUCGUCUUAUUGUUAGAAAGGGAUUACCAUGAAUUCAACAGUGGAAGGGGUUGAAUGGUACAGGUAGGGUGUUGCAAAAUUUAACACACGGAGUGGUUUGUGCCGCAUUUGGACGGUUUACGUUAAGCUCCGCUUUACACCGCCCAUCCCAGGUAUAAGAAAGACUAACUUGGCCUAAGUGCUUAAAAGAUUUUGCAGAAAUUUUAAUAGGUUUUUUUAUUUUGAAAUGUGUUAAAUGUAAACAUUCUGGCAGUCUUUGUUUCCAAACAGCUUUCUUUAUAUGAGUCUCCUUUGCAGUGAAUGUGCAAGUUGUUGCAAUGCCAGCGGACUGGAAUGAUGGCUUUGCAAUGUGUUGUGCAGGUCCAGAGAUUGACCCGAGAUUCAUAGUUUUCAAAUUGCACUUUUAUAACUUUUUAAAAUGUCCCACUAAAAAUAUUUCCUUGCGCAUACAUUGACCACCGAUGCCUUGAUUUUGCGGUUGUUAAAUACUUGCAUAAUUUGCUGUUGUUUUUUUAAUUUAAUAUCUAACUAUAGGGAGGGUCUUGCUUUAUUUGUCUUGUCUGUUUUCUGUAAUUUUGUCUUUUCUCCUUGAUGCAUAAACAAAAACUGAAAUAAAGACCAUGAGAUAGCCAAAGCUCC